GUUUUCCGCUCUACGUUCCGUCGUUCGCGGUCGGUCAGGAUAUGACGGACAGUUCGUGACCUAGUUGCACAGAGGAAGGAGAAGAGCGAGAAGAAAUAUCGCGGUGAAGUGUCGCGCUUUAUCAUGUCCUGCGACUUCGAGGGUACCAUCAACCUGAACGCACGAUCGCGACGGAACGUAUUUAAUUUUUGAGCCAGAGGACGGAAAUUCGAAAGAUGCGCGCAAUGUGUCAUAACAUCACACGCACCCACGUCUGUCAGAUCUCUCGAUGAAACGUCUCUAUAUACACGCACACAUUUACGUAUACGCGGCGGGAAUCCCUGAAUGUACGCCACUGUUUGGAAGAAAGAAGUAUAUGGAGUCAUUUCUACAACUUUUUGAUCCACAAAAUGAUAAGGAUUUGAGGAGGAGGCGCUGGGACGAUUUUGAAAAUGAAGGGAAUGGAUUGUCAGACUGCGACACUUCUAGUGCCGACGAGGAUCAAGGAGACCGUCUACCACCGGAGCCGGAACAAGGAAACGUAGAGUACAAAUUAAAAUUGAUUAAUCCAUCUAGUCAACGUUUUGAGCAUCUUGUCACGCAGAUGAAAUGGAGGCUAAGAGAGGGACAUGGAGAGGCGAUUUAUCAAAUUGGAGUGGAGGACAAUGGAAGAUUGGCGGGAUUAACAAAAGAGGAAAUGAAAACAUCCUUGAAAACGCUGAAGGAUAUGGCUUCCAGACUGGGCGCUACUAUAAGAAUAUUACGCGAGCGAAUAGCCACGAGUUCCACAAGUAACAAGACUUUGGCGUCACAAAAUAAUAAUAAUAACAAGGAGGAAAAGAAAGUCGCUGAAGUGUUGGUGAAAAAGUUGCGAAAGGAUGACAGAGAGGAUCAGGAUAGUAUCGUAGAUCUGAGACUGGCAGUCACCGGUGCGCAGGAUGCUGGAAAGUCAACUCUCUUAGGGGUACUGACGCAGGGUGAGCUGGACAAUGGUAGAGGUAGAGCGAGGCUCAACAUGCUACGUCAUCUGCACGAGAUAAAGACUGGUCGUACAUCUUCGAUAUCACACGAGAUUAUCGGAUUCAAUAGCACAGGUCACGUCUUGAACUAUGCCGAAAUGGCGACAGCCGAAGAGAUAUGCGAGCACGCGUCGAAAGUCGUUACAUUUAUCGAUUUAGCUGGACAUCGGAAGUACUUGAGGACGACGGUGCUUGGGCUGACAGGAUAUUCACCGCAUCACGUUAUGUUGGUGGUAGCGCCACCUUUGAACGAAGCGUCGCAGGAACAUAUGGCUCUCUGUUUAGCAUUAAAACUUCCUUUCUUUAUCGUCGUGAAUAAAAUUGAUUUAGGAUUUUGCAUAUCUGAAACUUUAGUUCAACUCAAGAACGCUAUGAUGACGCAGGGUUAUCCUAAGCAAUUAGUAUUGUUUAGCAAUAAUGACAUACCGUCAUGGGACUACACAUCCGAUGUGAUACCAGUAUUUAGUGUUAGUUGCGUUACCGGCGAGGGUCUAGAGGACUUGACUAUGUUUAUUAAAAAUUUGUCACCUUACGAGACGAAUUCAAUUGACUCGGACCCGGAAUCAUGUCUAUUUCAAAUUGAUGAGACGUUUAGGGUGGCAGGUUUGACGCAACCAGUUUUAGGAGGAUUACUUGUUAAGGGAGCGAUCGCACCGGGAACUCGUUUAUUGGUAGGACCCUUGCCGGACGGAGAAUUUAGUCCAGUGAAAGUAGUUAGUCUACAUCGUAACAAAGCUCCGUGUUGUUUGGUACGAGCGUCACAGAGUGCCAGUCUGACUCUAGCGCCACCGACGAAUCGUAGUCCUCCUUUGCCACAUCUUCGUCCAGGGAUGGUCUUGGUCUCUAUACGCGAUCGACCACACGCAACACUUUUCUUUCAGGCAACUGUAUUGAUAGUAUAUCAUGCCACUGCGAUAUUUCCUGGAUUUCAAACAACAGUACACGUGGGUAACGUGAGGCAGACUUGUGUCAUUGAGGGAAUAAUGGGCGCAGAUGAUAGGGGACUGCAGACAAAUGACACCGCUUCUGUGCUAUUUAGAUUCGUCAGUCAUCCAGAGUAUCUUCACGUCGGAAUGCGGCUAUUGUUUAGAGAAGGGCGUACUAAGGGAAUUGGCAAAAUCACGCAAAUCUUUCCCAUGAUUGGUUCGCAGAACUCGAUCAAGUAAUGGAAAUUAAAUAGCGCGAUGUAUUGACAUAUGAGAUAUAGUAUUUAUGUAAAUGUAAUUUGAAAAUGAAAGAAAAAAAUGCCUGAAUGUUUUAUAAAAGCAGAAUUUAUUACUGACGUUAUUGACAGUGUAUUGAUACAGUUAUGUUUGAUUAUAGCAUUGCUCAAAAUCAUUACGGAUUCGCUUCUUAAUAUAAAUGAUUGAAUAAACUUGAAAGAGUUUCGUUUAGUUUAUAAGUCAAUGUAAAUAUAUAUUAUGCUUUGCAACUUUUUUGUUGUUCAAACAAAAUUGCUCAAACUAUGAUUCCGUUAUUAUUUUGAGCAGUGUAUUAUCAUGCCACAGAAAAAAAUUUUGUGUGUAUAGUUAGGUGUUUUAUUAAAAUAGUGUAUAUUUAAAAGUGAGAUAAACGAUAUGUUUCAAUGCAAGGGCAGAUAGAGAAAGUUUUCUGACCCAAAAGAUGUUUUCUAUUAUUUUGUGCAAUAUUAGCGUAAAAUAAAAAAAUAUUAAAAUAAUUUAUUUUUUGUGUGUGUGUGUGAGAAAAGUUAGAAAUUUAAGAUACAUUCAAAGAACAUACAGUAUGUUACAAGGCAAGGGCGUCACUAAAAUUUUUGGCCUGAAGGAAAGCUUUAUAUGUAUAUUGUAUCUGUACAUAAGGACGAAGAUAUCCUCGAAUGAUUUUUUUUAAUAUGCUGCUGUAUGUAUUAAAAUAUAUUCAAAGUUUAUGAAGUAAAAACGUGCAUGAAAAUAUUA